ACUUGAAUUAUGACAAUGUAGUUAAUUAUUGUGCGUUUUGAAAUUUUUAAGAAUAAUUCUUUACUUGUACUCACAAAAGAAACAAGAAAAUAACACCAAUAUUUAAAAUGCAACCCUGUAACUAUGUUCCCAUCUGUCCAAUCGCCAUUUUUCUUUCAAAUGAAAAUUUUUUAGCUGUGGUCAGACGUACAAUUUUGCAAAAAUAUAAAAUUUUGCUAAGUUGUUACAAUUAACACCUUAAUAAAUAUUAAAAACCCAAAGUGAAAGUAGUGUUUUGUUAAAAAAUGAGUACACCGCCUCAAAUUUUUGACGCAAUGAAAUUUGUUAUGCAGCCCCCUUCGCUGCUAAAAACAGAAAAUGGCAAAGCAGACUCAGAUGCGGAAUAUUCCAAUUAUAAAGGCGAGCGUUCCAGGUCAAGAUCUAAAGAUCGGGUACGUGAAAAAGAACGUGAUCGAGAUAAAGAUAGUGAUAGAACAAGAGAACGUUCACGUGAGCAUAGGGAUUAUGAAAGUAAAGAUAGACAUCGGGAACGUGAGCGUGAGAAAGAUCGUGAUCAAGAACGAGACCGCGAACGUGACCGUGAUCGCGACCGUGAACGUGAGCGUGAACGAGAUCGUGAACGUGAAAGAGAUCGUGAGCGUGACAGAGAUCGUGACCGCGAUCGUGAUCGUUAUCAAGAUAGAGUUGAAAAAGAUGAUAGAUCACAUCGUAGAAAGGAUCGUGAAAGUGAGAAACGUGAAAGAAAUAGAGAUAAAGAACGAGAUAGAGAUCGCGAUCGUCGGCGUGAUAGUAGAGAUCGUGAUACACGUACUAGACGUAGUCGUUCUCGUACUUAUGAUAAUUAUGAUCGUAAUAGAAGGCGUCGCAGUCGUUCUCGGCGUCGCGACCGGGAUCGCUCUAGAAGUCGGAGCUAUGAGCAAAGACGUAGAGAACGUGAACGUGAACGUAGUCGCGAUAGACAUCGUGGACGUAGUACAUCUGUUGAUAGAGAACGUGAUCGUAUGAACAGAGAAUCUAGACUAGAUACAAUUAAAGAGGAAACUCGUGAUAAUCGUUUUGAUUUAACACAAACAAUACAAGAAUUAAUGGCAAGUACAACUUCUACCAAAAAUUUCGCCUCACUUUUUAAUUGUACAAAUAGUAAUGAUUCUUGUAGCAAUGAUCCGUCUGAAAAUUCACAGGAUGGUUCAGAUAGAAAGAAAAAGCGUAAAUCCCGUUGGGGUGGUACUGAAAAUGAUAAGACUUUUAUACCUGGCAUGCCGACUAUUUUACCAUCAACACUUGAUCCUACUCAGCAGGAAGCCUAUUUAGUUCAGCUACAGAUCGAAGAAAUUAGCAGAAAAUUACGUACAGGAGACUUGGGCAUACCGCAGAAUCCAGAAGAAAGGUCUCCAUCGCCAGAGCCCAUCUAUAGUUCUGAUGGCAAAAGGUUGAAUACACGUGAAUUUCGUUUUCGUAAACGCUUAGAAGAGCAACGUCAUCAAUUGAUACAGAAAAUGCAAAGCGUAAAUCCAGAAUUCAAACCGCCGGCAGAUUACAAACCACCAGUGACACGUGUCAGCGAUAAGGUUUUGAUACCACAGGAACAACAUCCUGACAUUAAUUUUGUUGGUUUGUUAAUCGGACCACGCGGUAAUACACUUAAAGCUAUGGAAAAAGAAACUGGUGCCAAAAUUAUAAUACGUGGUAAGGGGUCUGUAAAAGAGGGCAAAGUGGGUCGCAAAGAUGGACAACCGCUGCCAGGUGAAGAUGAACCAUUACAUGCAUUCAUCACUGCACCCAAUCCGGAAGCUGUUAAGAAAGCUGUUGAUAAGAUAAAAGAUGUUAUACGUCAGGGUAUUGAAGUACCAGAGGGACAUAAUGAUUUACGACGUAUGCAGUUACGGGAGUUAGCUCAACUGAAUGGCACAUUACGUGAAAUCGACUGUCCACGCUGCACAAAUUGCGGUUCGACAGAACAUAAAUCCUGGUUAUGUCCCGAUAAGCCUAAUGUCACAAAUAGUAUUGUGUGUACUGCAUGCGGUGGUGCUGGCCAUAUAUCAAAAGAUUGCCGCAGUAAGCGACCUGGCGCAGGUGGACCUGCCGAUGCAACUGAAGAUUCGCAAGCUAAAAUCGAUGAAGAAUAUAUGAGUUUAAUGGCUGAGUUAGGUGAAGGACCACCACCAAGCGCACAAAAACCACCAGCUGAUCCUUUGGCACAAGUUCAUCUGAAUCGUGGCUACAGUCUAUUUGAUAAAAAACCGACACAAAUGCAGGCUAUACAAGCGCCACCAGCAACUAGUGCACAACCUCCACCAGUGCCUGUAGUUGUACCGCCUAUGCAAAGUGGACUACCACCUCCGCCACCAAUUCCACCAGCUGUUAAUUGGUGCGGUCCUCCUGGUACUGGUAUGCCACCAAAUAUGCCUCCAAGUAUGCCACCUGUACCGGCACCACCAUUACCAGCACCACCAAUUAUGCCACCAUGGUUAAAUGCUGCACAGCCUCCACCACCAGGCGGUGAACCAAUGAAUCCACCAAUACCUGGUGCUUCAUUACCGCCACCACCACCAGGUACAUUACCACCGCCACCACCACCUGGCACUACUACAUUAUCGCCACCUGGCACUGGUCCGCCACCACCUCCACCACCAGGUGCACCAAUGCCGCCUUGGGCUAGUUCAAAUGGUUUACAAUCGUGGUGUCCAUGGACAUCUAAUGUCGCUCCACCACCACCACCUACUUUACCAAUGCUUUCGCAACCACCACCGCCGCCGCCACCAUCAACUUAAAUAUGACGUCAGAUAUGGUUUCGUUUCUCUGCAUAUCGCAGAAAAUUAUUAUUAUAAUUAUAUGUGGGAAAACUAAAAGUAUAAUUGAUAAUUGAUAUAGUAGAAUGGAUAAAGGUCUAUUAGUAGUUAAAUACUACACAACAUUUUAAUUUUUAUUAAUUGUAAUUAAGUAUAUGUGUAUAACCAAAUGACAUGCAAUAAAAUUUGUUCGGAAAUACGUA